UUUUACAUAUGCGGAUGAUGAUUCUGUUCAAAAACUUAAGUAACCUGCAAACAACUUUUUGUCCUCUAAUUCUACUGAUUUAUUUUGUUUGCUAUGAUGGUUUGGGAAAGUUUUAACACCUCUGUUCAGCGGAGAAAGAAAACAAAAAGACAAAACCAAUCUUAAAGCCCUCUAAACAAGUUGAAAAUAGUCCUCUGGAAAAAAGCAUUCACAGUAAAACAAAUUGCCAGUUUCUCUCCAUGGUUGCCUGCUUGGGAGGAGCCGGUUUUGCUAUUCAUGCCCCUUUCUUAUGCAAUGGUUAAUGACUUUUAGGGUUGUUUGGAGGUUUGUUUCUGCUGAGUCACUAAAUUGUGCGUUUUGGUCCCCAGGUGCUUUUCAUUCUACUAGUGGAACAUGCAAUUGAGAAUGUGUUGCGUGACUGUUUUUGUGUGUGUGUGUGCGUGUGUGUGUGUGUGUGGUGUGUAGCUGAGGACACCAUUUCCCUGAGAGCAGCCCAGUCACUUGGCAUGUCCUUCCUUUCUGAGAAGGAAGGUUUCAGGGCGCAAAACGAACAAAUCUGCUCUGCCUAGAAAAGCAUCCCAUCGCUAGAGCUGCACAUUCCGAACUGACUGUUAAAUGCGGGGCUUCCUGGGCGUCUGGCUGGCUCAGUCCAACGCAGAAGUCUCCCCCCAUCCCUCAAGACCCCAAUCCCUCCAGAACCCCCGCUUGGAGUUACUUUGCCUUCAAGGAGACCGAGCAAUAAUUGGGAUCUGAGGCGCUGUCCGUGCGCGGGGGGUCUUUCCCCGCUGUGCUCCACGCCUCCUACUAAGUAAUCGAGGUGAUUGAUGGGGCGACGGAGGGGAGUGCGCUGGACCCGGUGAUUCAUCAGUAAAUUCCCAUCCGCUGGCAUCUCUCGCUGCCCCUCUUGCGUGAUGUAAGAUCAGACGUACCCUGCAUCGAAAAGUCAAGACACACGGGCGGCUCGCUCGCGCGCACACACAGACGCGCACACACACGCGCACACACGCGCACGCACACACACACACUCUCUCUCUCCCGGCGCCACCGCGCAUCCCUCACACCUCCAGACCCCACUCCCGGCAGGAGACGGCGGACCGGCCGGGCUCCGCGCUGAAGCAUCCCCGGUGACAGCUGCAGAUGACGCCGCCGGGCUCGGGGCUCGGGGCCGCCGCCACCGCCGCGCCGGGCCGUGUCCAGCGCCGGCUCCCGCGCCGACAGGGCACCAUGUCCGAGUUCCUGCUGGCCAUCCUCACUCUCUCGGGAUUACUGCCCGGCGCCAAGGUGCUGACCGCGGGGGCUGCGCGAGAUCAGCAGUUGUGUGAUCCUGGUGAAUUUCUUUGCCACGAUCACGUGACUUGUGUCUCCCAGAGCUGGCUGUGUGAUGGGGACCCUGACUGCCCUGAUGAUUCAGACGAGUCUUUAGAUACCUGUCCCAAGGAGGUAGAAAUCAAGUGCCCCUUGAAUCAUAUCGCUUGCCUGGGAGCCAACAGAUGUAUCCACUUAUCCCAGUUGUGCGAUGGGGUGUUGGACUGCUCGGAUGGGUAUGAUGAAGGAGUGCAUUGUCGGGAACUGUUAGUCAAUUGCCAGAAGUUGAAUUGUCAGUAUAAAUGUGCAAUAAUCAGAAAUAGAACAGAAUGUUACUGUGAGGAUGGAUAUGAGGUAAAAGAAGAUGGAAGAACAUGUAAAGAUCAAGAUGAAUGCAUUAUUUAUGGCACGUGCAGUCAGACCUGUGUAAAUACCUAUGGAUCAUAUGCUUGCAGUUGUGUGGAGGGUUAUGUAAUGCAACCAGACAACAGAUCUUGCAAGGCUAAAAAUGAACCUACAGACAGGCCACCUAUAUUGUUAAUCGCAAAUGCUGAAACAAUUGAGCUCUUCUAUCUUAAUGGAAGUAAAAUGGCGACCCUGAGCACAACCAAUGGAAAUGAAAUACAUACUCUGGAUUUUAUUUACAAUGAAGAUAUGAUUUGUUGGAUUGAAUCAAGAGAAUCUUCAAAUCACCUCAAAUGUAUCCAGAUCACAAAAACAGGAAGAUUAAUAGAUGAAUGGACAAUCAAUAUUCUUCAGUCAUUCCAUAAUGUGCAACAAAUGGCGAUUGACUGGCUGACCAGGAAUAUAUAUUUUGUGGACCAUGUCAGUGAUCGGAUUUUUGUUUGUAACUACAAUGGGUCUGUUUGUGUCACCCUCAUUGACCUGGAGCUUCACAAUCCUAAGGCAAUAGCAAUCGAUCCAAUUGCAGGAAAACUUUUCUUUACUGACUACGGGAAUGUGGCCAAAGUGGAGCGAUGUGACAUGGAUGGGAUGAACAGAACAAGGAUAAUUGAUUCAAAGACAGAACAACCAGCUGCGCUGGCACUAGAUCUAGUCAACAAACUGGUUUACUGGGUAGACCUUUACUUGGAUUAUGUCGAAGUGGUGGACUAUCAAGGCAAAAACAGACAUACGAUCAUUCAAGGCAGACAAGUGAAACAUCUUUAUGGUUUAACUGUAUUUGAAGACUAUUUGUAUGCAACCAAUUCUGAUAACUCCAAUAUCAUGAAGAUAAACCGAUUUAAUGGCACUUAUAUUCAUUCAUUUAUUAAAAUGGAAAAUGCUCGAGGAAUUCGAGUAUAUCAAAAAAGAACUCAACCAACAGUCAGAAGCCAUGCGUGUGAAGUGGAUCCAUACGGACUGCCAGGGGGGUGUUCGCACAUCUGUCUGCUGAGCGCCAGCUACAAAGCGCGGACUUGUCGCUGCAGGACGGGGUUCAACCUGGGGAGCGAUGGCAGAUCAUGCAAAAGACCCAAGAAUGAGCUGUUCCUCUUUUAUGGGAAAGGACGCCCAGGAAUUGUUAGAGGGAUGGACUUGAAUACCAAGAUAGCGGAUGAAUACAUGAUCCCUAUAGAAAAUCUUGUAAACCCUCGUGCAUUAGAUUUUCAUGCAGAAACCAAUUAUAUCUACUUUGCUGACACGACCAGUUUCUUGAUUGGCCGGCAGAAGAUAGAUGGCACAGAGAGAGAAACCAUCCUGAAAGAUGAUCUGGACAAUGUGGAAGGCAUUGCAGUGGACUGGAUUGGAAAUAACCUUUACUGGACCAAUGAUGGCCAUAGGAAAACCAUCAAUGUGGCAAGGCUGGAAAAGGCGUCUCAGAGUCGAAAGACUCUUUUGGAGGGAGAAAUGUCACAUCCCAGAGGAAUUGUGGUAGAUCCUGUUAAUGGUUGGAUGUACUGGACAGACUGGGAGGAAGAUGAAAUAGAUGACAGCGUGGGAAGGAUCGAGAAGGCCUGGAUGGACGGCUUCAAUCGGCAGAUUUUCGUGACUUCAAAGAUGCUGUGGCCAAAUGGUUUAACUCUGGACUUUCACAUGAGCACAUUGUACUGGUGUGAUGCCUAUUAUGAUCAUAUUGAAAAAGUGUUUUUGAAUGGAACUCACAGGAAGAUUGUUUACAGUGGGAAAGAAUUGAACCAUCCUUUUGGACUGUCACAUCAUGGAAAUUAUGUAUUCUGGACAGAUUAUAUGAAUGGUUCCAUUUUUCAACUAGAUUUGAUAACGAGUGAGGUGACAUUACUGAGGCGUGAAAGACCACCUCUGUUUGGGCUCCAGAUUUAUGAUCCACGAAAACAGCAAGGGGACAACUUGUGCCGAGUGAAUAACGGAGGCUGUAGUACUCUCUGCUUAGCCAUCCCGGGGGGCCGAGUGUGUGCGUGUGCAGAUAAUCAACUUUUGAAUGAAAACGGGACAACGUGCACAUUAAAUCCUGGAGAAGUUUUACCUCACACAUGCAAAGCUGGAGAAUUUCGCUGCAGAAACAAACGCUGUAUCCAAGCUCGAUGGAAAUGUGAUGGAGACGAUGACUGCCUUGAUGGAAGUGAUGAAGAUUCAGUAAAUUGUUUCAAUCAUAGCUGUCCUGACGAUCAGUUUAAAUGCAAGAAUAAUCGCUGUAUCCCCAAGAGAUGGCUUUGCGAUGGAGCUAAUGAUUGUGGAAGCAAUGAAGAUGAAUCUAAUCAAACUUGCUCAGCCAGAACAUGCCAGGUGGACCAGUUUUCUUGUGGAAAUGGGCGCUGCAUUCCCAGCGCAUGGCUGUGUGACAGGGAAGAUGACUGUGGCGACCAGACAGAUGAAAUGACGUCCUGUGAAUUUCCAACUUGUGAGCCACUGACUCAGUUUAUAUGUAAAAGUGGAAGAUGCAUCAGCAGCAAGUGGCAGUGCGACUCUGAUGAUGACUGUGGGGAUGGGAGUGAUGAGAUUGGCUGUGUUCACUCUUGCUUUGAGAACCAGUUCAGAUGUUCAAGUGGCAGGUGCAUCCCAGGCCAUUGGGCCUGUGAUGGUGACAAUGACUGUGGAGACUUCAGUGAUGAAGCCCAAAUCAACUGCACCAAAGAAGAGAUCCAUUCUCCUGCUGGUUGUAAUGGAAAUGAAUUUCAAUGCCACCCUGAUGGAAAUUGCAUUCCUGAUCUGUGGCGCUGUGAUGGGGAAAAGGAUUGUGAAGAUGGGAGUGAUGAAAAGGGCUGCAAUGGGACUUUACGAUCAUGUGAUCACAAAACCAAGUUUUCUUGCAGGAGUACAGGGAGAUGCAUCAACAAAGCGUGGAUGUGUGAUGGAGAUAUUGACUGUGAAGAUCAAUCAGACGAAGAUGACUGUGACAGUUUCUUGUGUGGCCCACCCAAGUACCCUUGUGCUAAUGACACUUCAGUCUGCCUGCAGCCUGAGGAACUCUGCAAUGGGAGAAGGGACUGUCCUGACGGAUCUGAUGAAGGAGAUCUCUGCGACGAGUGCUCACUGAACAACGGAGGCUGCAGCAACCACUGUUCCGUCGUCCCUGGAAGAGGAAUUGUCUGCUCCUGCCCUGAAGGACUUCAACUCAGCAAAGACAAUAAAACGUGUGAGAUUGUGGAUUAUUGUAGCAAUCAUCUCAAGUGCAGUCAAGUGUGUGAACAGCGCAAGCACACAGUCAAGUGCUCGUGUUACGAAGGGUGGAAGCUGGAUGUGGAUGGUGAGGGUUGCACGAGUGUCGAUCCAUUUGAAGCAUUCAUCAUCUUUUCUAUUCGCCAUGAGAUCAGAAGAAUUGAUCUUCAUAAAAGAGACUAUAGUCUACUUGUUCCUGGGCUGAGAAACACAAUAGCACUUGAUUUUCACUUCAAUCAAAGUUUACUUUAUUGGACAGAUGUUGUAGAAGACAGAAUAUACCGAGGCAAACUUUCUGAAAGUGGAGGUGUCAGUGCUGUUGAAGUGGUUGUAGAGCAUGGCCUGGCGACCCCAGAAGGACUGACAGUUGACUGGAUAGCAGGCAACAUAUAUUGGAUUGACAGCAAUCUAGAUCAAAUUGAAGUAGCCAAACUAGAUGGGUCCUUGAGAACUACCCUGAUCGCAGGAGCCAUGGAACACCCCAGGGCCAUUGCUCUCGAUCCCAGAUAUGGAAUCCUUUUUUGGACAGAUUGGGAUGCAAAUUUUCCACGCAUAGAAUCUGCAUCUAUGAGUGGUGCUGAGAGAAAAACCAUCUACAAAGACAUGAAAACCGGUGCUUGGCCUAAUGGAUUGACUGUGGACCACUUCGAAAAAAGAAUAGUUUGGACAGAUGCCAGGUCAGAUGCUAUUUAUUCAGCCCUCUAUGAUGGAACAGAAAUGAUAGAAAUAAUCAGAGGUCAUGAAUAUCUUUCCCAUCCUUUUGCUGUAUCUCUCUAUGGGAGUGAAGUGUUUUGGACAGAUUGGAGGACCAAUACAUUGUCCAAAGCCAAUAAGUGGACUGGGCAGAAUGUCAGUGUAAUUCAGAAAACCAGUGCGCAACCAUUUGACCUUCAGAUAUACCAUCCAAGUCGUCAGCCACAAGCGCCCAAUCCCUGUGCAGCUAACGGUGGCAAAGGGCCCUGCUCUCACCUGUGUCUGAUCAGUCACAACAGGAGCGCCGCCUGUGCUUGCCCCCACUUGAUGAAGCUCUCCUCUGACAGGAAGACCUGCUAUGAAAUGAAAAAAUUUCUUCUUUAUGCAAGACGCUCUGAAAUCAGAGGAGUGGACAUUGAUAAUCCAUAUUUUAACUUUAUCACGGCCUUUACAGUACCUGAUAUUGAUGAUGUUACUGUUAUAGACUUUGAUGCAUCUGAAGAACGUCUAUAUUGGACAGAUAUUAAAACACAAACCAUUAAGCGAGCUUUUAUUAAUGGAACUGGAUUAGAAACAGUUAUUUCAAGAGAUAUUCAGAGUAUCCGAGGGCUGGCUGUGGAUUGGAUCUCACGUAAUUUAUACUGGAUUAGCUCCGAGUUUGAUGAAACACAAAUUAAUGUGGCACGAUUAGAUGGCUCUUUGAAAACCUCAAUUAUCCAUGGAAUCGAUAAACCACAGUGUCUUGCAGCUCACCCAGUCAGGGGAAAACUCUACUGGACAGAUGGAAACACAAUUAACAUGGCCAACAUGGAUGGCAGUAACAGCAAGAUUCUCUUUCAGAAUCAAAAGGAACCAGUCGGUCUAUCGAUAGACUAUGCGGAAAACAAGCUUUAUUGGAUCAGUUCUGGAAAUGCAACCAUAAAUAGAUGCAACCUGGAUGGUGGUAAUUUAGAAGUAAUAGAGUCAAUGAAAGAAGAAUUAACAAAAGCUACAGCCCUAACCAUCAUGGAUAAAAAACUGUGGUGGGCAGACCAAAGCUUAGCUCAGCUGGGUACAUGCAGCAAAAGGGAUGGGAGAAACCCUACAGUCCUGCGAAAUAAAACUUCUGGGGUUGUUCAUAUGAAAGUGUAUGACAAAGAAGCACAGCAAGGAAGCAAUUCCUGCCACCUAAAUAAUGGUGGAUGUUCUCAGCUCUGCCUGCCAACAUCUGAAACUACAAGGACUUGCAUGUGUACUGUGGGGUAUUAUCUCCAAAAGAACCGCAUGUCAUGUCAAGGUAUAGAGUCAUUUCUUAUGUAUUCUGUUCAUGAAGGAAUCAGAGGAAUACCUCUAGAACCAAGUGACAAAAUGGAUGCUUUGAUGCCGAUAUCAGGAACUUCAUUUGCUGUGGGGAUAGAUUUUUAUGCAGAAAAUGAUACCAUCUACUGGACAGACAUGGGCUUCAAUAAAAUUAGCCGAGCUAAAAGAGAUCAGACUUGGAAAGAAGAUAUCAUUACCAAUGGCUUGGGAAGAGUUGAAGGGAUAGCUAUUGACUGGAUUGCUGGUAACAUAUAUUGGACAGAUCAUGGUUUCAACUUAAUUGAAGUUGCAAGACUCAAUGGCUCAUUCCGUUAUGUAAUCAUAUCUGAAGGCCUAGAUCAACCAAGAUCUAUAGCUGUACACCCAGAAAAAGGCUAUUUUUUCUGGACCGAAUGGGGACAGAUGCCGUGCAUUGGAAAGGCUCACUUGGAUGGCUCAGAAAAGGUUGUCCUUGUCAGCAUGGGAAUAGCAUGGCCGAAUGGUAUCUCCAUUGACUAUGAGGAAAAUAAAUUGUACUGGUGUGAUGCUCGUACAGACAAGAUAGAAAGAAUUGACCUUGAGACUGGCGGGAAUCGUGAGGUUGUGCUGUCAGGGAGCAAUGUGGAUAUGUUUUCAAUUGCAGUCUUCGGGGCUUACAUCUACUGGUCUGACAGAGCACAUGCCAAUGGAUCCAUAAGAAGAGGCCACAAGAAUGAUGCCACAGACACGGUAACCAUGAGAACAGGUCUUGGAGUCAACCUGAAGGAGGUUAAAAUCUUUAGCAGAGUAAGAGAGAAAGGCACCAAUAUCUGUGCCAAAAACAAUGGUGGAUGUCAACAGCUCUGUCUUUACCGGGGAAAUUCCCAGAGAACUUGUGCCUGUGCCCAUGGAUAUUUGGCGGAGGAUGGAGUUUCUUGCCUGAGGCAUGAAGGAUAUUUGCUAUAUUCAGGGAGAACAAUAUUGAAGAGUAUACAUCUUUCUGAUGAAACCAAUUUAAAUUCACCAAUAAGGCCAUAUGAGAAUCCACGUUAUUUCAAGAAUGUCAUAGCAUUGGCUUUUGACUACAAUCAAAGAAGAAAGGGUACUAACCGAAUCUUCUACAGUGAUGCACAUUUUGGAAAUAUACAGCUUAUUAAAGAUAACUGGGAAGACCGACAAGUAAUUGUUGAAAAUGUGGGCUCUGUUGAAGGACUUGCCUAUCACAGAGCCUGGGACACUCUGUACUGGACCAGCACCACCACCUCUUCUAUUACCAGACACACAGUGGACCAGAGCCGGCCGGGAGCUUGGGACAGAGAAGCUGUCAUCACCAUGUCAGAGGAUGACCACCCGCACGUGCUCGCCCUGGAUGAAUGUCAGAAUUUGAUGUUUUGGACCAACUGGAAUGAACAGCAUCCAAGUAUCAUGAGAUCUACUCUGACUGGAAAAAAUGCUCAAGUGGUGAUCAGUACAGAAAUACUCACCCCAAAUGGACUCACCAUUGACCACCGUGCAGAGAAGCUAUAUUUCUCUGAUGGCAGUUUGGGAAAAAUUGAAAGGUGUGAAUAUGAUGGAACCCAGAGAUAUGUGAUUGUCAAAUCUGGACCUGGGACUUUCCUUAGUUUGGCUGUAUAUGACAAUUAUAUCUUCUGGUCUGAUUGGGGAAGAAGAGCUAUCUUGCGCUCCAACAAGUACACGGGAGGAGAUACAAAAGUUCUCCGUUCUGAUAUUCCUCAUCAACCGAUGGGGAUCAUAGCUGUUGCCAACGACACCAACAGCUGUGAACUCUCUCCAUGUGCAUUAUUGAAUGGAGGUUGCCAUGACCUGUGUCUUUUAACACCCGAUGGAAGAGUAAAUUGUUCCUGCAGAGGAGAUAGAAUAUUGCUAGAUGACAACAGAUGUGUGACUAAAAACUCCUCCUGCAAUGUAUACUCAGAGUUUGAGUGUGGGAAUGGUGAGUGCAUUGACUACCAGCUUACCUGUGAUGGCAUUCUUCACUGUAAGGAUAAAUCUGAUGAAAAACUUCUUUACUGUGAAAAUCGAAGCUGCCGGAAAGGUUUCAAACCCUGCUACAAUCGUCGUUGCAUUCCUCACAGCAAGCUAUGUGAUGGUAAAAAUGACUGUGGAGACAAUUCCGAUGAAUUAGAUUGCAAAGUUUCCACCUGUGCCACUGUUGAGUUCCGCUGUGCAGAUGGGACAUGCAUUCCGAGAUCAGCACGGUGCAACCAGAAUAUAGAUUGUGCAGAUGCUUCAGAUGAAAAGAACUGCAAUGAUACAGACUGUACACAUUUCUAUAAACUUGGAGUGAAAACCACAGGGUUCAUAAAAUGUAAUUCUACCUCACUGUGUGUCCUGCCAACCUGGAUAUGUGAUGGAUCUAAUGACUGCGGAGACUAUUCAGAUGAAUUAAAAUGCCCAGUACAAAACAAACACAAAUGUGAAGAAAAUUAUUUUGGUUGUCCUAGUGGGAGGUGUAUUUUGAAUACCUGGGUAUGUGAUGGCCAGAAAGACUGUGAGGAUGGACUUGAUGAAUUCCACUGUGACUCUUCCUGCUCCUGGGACCAGUUUGCUUGUUCUGAAGAAAAAUGUAUCUCUCACCACUGGGUUUGUGAUGGAGAGGACGACUGUGGCAAUGGCUUAGACGAAAGUGAUAGCAUUUGUGGUUCCAUCACCUGUGCUGCCGACAUGUUCAGCUGCCCUGGCUCCCACGCCUGUGUGCCACGUCACUGGCUUUGUGACGGCGAGAGGGACUGUCCGAAUGGAAGCGAUGAACUCUCCACAGCAGGAUGCGCUCCAAACAAUACAUGUGAUGAAAAUGCCUUCAUGUGUCACAAUAAAGUGUGUGUUCCCAAGCAAUUUGUGUGUGACCAUGACAAUGACUGUGACGAUGGCUCAGAUGAGUCACAGCAGUGUGAAUAUCGGCGCUGUAGUGCAGAAGAAUUCCGUUGUGCUGAUGGACGGUGCCUUUUAAAUAAUCAAUGGCAAUGUGAUGGAGACUUUGACUGCACUGACCAUUCUGAUGAGGCACCUUUAAACCUGAAGUGCAAAAGCGCAGAACAGUCAUGCAACAGUUCAUUUUUUAUGUGCAAAAAUGGCAGGUGCAUUCCCAAUGGAGGGCUUUGUGACAAUAAAGAUGACUGUGGUGAUGGUUCAGAUGAGAGAAACUGCCAUAUAAAUGAAUGUCUUAGUAAGAAAGUCAGCGGAUGUACCCAAGAUUGUCAGGACCUUCCUGUAAGUUAUAAGUGUAAAUGCUGGCCUGGAUUCCAACUGAAGGAUGAUGGUAAAACAUGUGUAGACAUUGAUGAAUGCUCUUUGGGCUUUCCAUGUAGCCAGCAAUGCAUCAAUACAUAUGGGACCUACAAGUGCCUCUGUUCUGAUGGGUAUGAAAUUCACCCCGAUAACCCAAAUGGCUGCAAAUCACUCUCAGAUGAAGAACCUUUUCUAAUUCUUGCUGAUCAUCAUGAAAUCAGAAAAAUCAGCACUGAUGGCUCCAACUACACUCUUUUAAAACAGGGAUUAAAUAAUGUUAUUGCUAUAGACUUUGAUUACAGAGAAGAAUUUAUCUAUUGGAUUGAUUCUAGCCGGCCCAAUGGCAGUCGUAUUAACAGAAUGUGCUUAAAUGGCAGUGAUAUUAAGGUAGUACACAACACAGCUGUUCCCAAUGCACUUGCUGUUGAUUGGAUCGGAAAAAAUCUCUAUUGGUCUGACACAGAGAAAAGGGUUAUUGAAGUAUCCAAACUCAAUGGUUUGUACCCUACUAUACUCGUCAGCAAACGACUGAAGUUUCCCAGGGACCUGUGUUUGGAUCCUCAAGAAGGGUAUUUAUAUUGGAUUGACUGCUGUGAAUAUCCUCACAUUGGCCGUGUCGGAAUGGAUGGAACCAAUCAGAGUGUCGUGAUAGAAACAAAGGUUUCUCGACCCAUGGCACUCACAAUAGAUUAUGUCAACCACAGACUAUAUUGGGCUGAUGAGAAUCACAUUGAAUUUAGCAAUAUGGAUGGAUCACAAAGACAUAAAGUCCCUAAUCAAGAUAUUCCAGGGGUGAUUGCACUAACAUUGUUUGAAGACUACAUCUACUGGACUGAUGGGAAAACCAAGUCACUCAACCGUGCCCAUAAAACCUCUGGAGCAGACAGACUCUCACUGAUUAACUCAUGGCAUGCCAUCACAGAUAUCCAGGUGUAUCAUUCUUAUAGGCAACCUGAUGUCUCCAAGCAUCUCUGUAUGAUCAAUAAUGGAGGAUGUAGUCACCUAUGUCUUUUAGCUCCUGAAAAAACUCAUACUUGUGCUUGUCCCACAAAUUUCUAUCUUGCAACUGACAAUAGGACUUGCUUGUCCAACUGCACAGCCAGUCAGUUCCGUUGCAGAACUGAUAAGUGUAUUCCAUUCUGGUGGAAAUGUGACACUGUUGAUGACUGUGGCGAUGGAUCUGAUGAGCCCGAUGACUGCCCUGAGUUUAAAUGUCAGCCAGGGCGGUUUCAGUGUGGAACUGGCCUCUGUGCUCUCCCUGCAUUCAUCUGUGAUGGAGAAAAUGACUGUGGAGACAAUUCUGAUGAACUCAAUUGUGAUACCCACAUCUGCCUCUCAGGUCAAUUUAAGUGUACCAAGAACCAGAAAUGCAUCCCAAUAAAUCUCAGAUGCAAUGGACAAAAUGAUUGUGGAGAUGAGGAAGAUGAAAGGGAUUGUCCUGAAAACAGCUGUUCUCCAGACUAUUUCCAGUGUAAAACCACCAAACAUUGUAUUUCCAAGCUGUGGGUUUGUGAUGAGGAUCCAGACUGUGCAGAUGCAUCAGACGAGGCCAACUGUGAUAAAAAGACAUGUGGACCUCAUGAAUUCCAGUGUAAAAACAACAACUGUAUUCCAGAUCACUGGAGGUGUGAUAGCCAAAAUGACUGCAGUGAUAAUUCAGAUGAAGAAAACUGUAAACCACAAACAUGUACAUUGAAAGAUUUCCUUUGUGCCAAUGGUGAUUGUGUUUCAUCAAGGUUUUGGUGUGAUGGAGAUUUUGACUGUGCAGAUGGCUCUGAUGAGAGAUAUUGUGAAGCAAGUUGUUCCAGAGAUCAAUUUCAAUGUUCCAACGGUCAGUGCAUAUCAAAAAAAUGGAAAUGUGAUGGUCAUGAAGACUGUAAAUAUGGAGAAGAUGAGAAGAACUGUGAGCCAGCUUCCCCUACCUGCUCAUCAAGUGAAUAUAUUUGUGCUACUGGAGGAUGUAUUUCUGCAUCUUUGAAAUGUAAUGGAGAAUAUGAUUGUGCUGAUGAUUCAGAUGAGAUGGACUGUGUGACAGAAUGCAAGGAAGAUCAGUUCCGAUGCAGAAAUAAAGCCCACUGUAUUCCAAUUAGAUGGCUGUGUGAUGGAGUUCAUGACUGUGUGGAUGGCAGUGAUGAAGAGAACUGUGACAGAGGAGGAAACAUAUGCAGAGUGGAUGAGUUCCUUUGUAAUAAUUCCCUUUGCAAGUUACAUUUCUGGGUGUGUGAUGGCGAAGACGACUGUGGAGACAACUCUGAUGAAGCCCCCGAUAUGUGCGUCAAAUAUCACUGCCCACCAACAAGACCCCAUAGAUGCAGGAACAACAGAAUUUGCCUACAAAAUGAGAAAAUAUGCAAUGGGAUUGACGACUGUGGUGAUAACUCAGAUGAAGAUCAUUGUGAUGGUAAGCUUACAGCUAAAACAAGGCCUUGUAAAAAAGAUGAGUUUGCUUGUAGUAAUAAAAAAUGCAUCCCCAUGGACCUUCAAUGCGAUCGACUUGAUGACUGUGGAGAUGGUUCAGACGAACAAGACUGCAGAAUAACUCCUACUGAAUAUACCUGUGAAGAUAAUGUGAACCCAUGUGGAGAUGAUGCAUAUUGUAAUCAAAUAAAAACAUCUGUUUUCUGUCGCUGUAAGCCUGGAUUUCAGAGAAACAUGAAGAAUAGACAGUGUGAAGACCUUAAUGAAUGUUUGGUUUUUGGCACCUGUCCCCAUCAAUGUAUAAAUAUAGAAGGCUCAUAUAAAUGUGUAUGUGACCAGAAUUUUCAAGAAAGAAAUAAUACCUGCAUAGCAAAAGGCUCUGAAGAUCAAGUUCUCUACAUUGCUAAUGACACUGAUAUCAUGGGUUUUAUAUAUCCAUUCAACUACAGUGGCGAUCAUCAACAGAUUUCUCAUAUUGAACAUAAUUCAAGGAUAACAGGGAUGGAUGUAUAUUAUCAAAGAGAUAUGAUUAUUUGGAGUACUCAGUUUAAUCCAGGCGGGAUUUUCUACAAACGAAUUCAUGGAAGAGAAAAAAGGCAAGCAAACAGUGGCCUGAUUUGUCCUGAAUUUAAAAGACCCAGGGACAUUGCAGUUGACUGGGUUGCUGGAAAUAUUUAUUGGACAGAUCACUCUAGGAUGCACUGGUUUAGUUACUACACCACGCACUGGACCAGCCUGAGGUAUUCUAUCAAUGUUGGGCAGCUGAACGGGCCCAAUUGCACCAGACUCUUGACAAAUAUGGCUGGAGAGCCCUAUGCGAUUGCUGUUAACCCUAAGAGAGGAAUGAUGUACUGGACUGUUGUUGGGGACCACUCCCACAUAGAGGAAGCAGCCAUGGAUGGUACUCUGAGAAGAAUUUUAAUACAAAAGAAUUUACAGAGACCCACAGGUCUGGCCGUGGACCUUUUCAGUGAGCGCAUAUACUGGGCAGACCUUGAGCUAUCUAUUAUCGGUAGUGUUCUGCACGAUGGCUCCGAUUCAGUAGUAACGAUCAGCAGCAAACAAGGCUUGUUACAUCCAUAUAGGAUUGAUGUCUUUGAAAAUUUUAUAUAUGGAGCAGGACCUAAAAAUGGUGUAUUCCGAGUACAAAAAUUUGGCCAUGGUUCAGUAGAGUACCUAGCUUUAGAUGUUGAUAAAACAAAGAGUGUUUUGAUAUCUCAUCGCUAUAAACAACUGGAUUUACCAAAUCCAUGCUUGGACUUAGUAUGUGAAUUCCUCUGUUUGCUGAAUCCUUCUGGUGCCACCUGCGUGUGCCCAGAAGGAAAAUAUUUGAUUAAUGGCACCUGCAAUGAUGACAGCCUGUUAGAUGAUUCAUGCAAAUUAACAUGUGAAAAUGGAGGAAGAUGCAUUUUAAAUGAGAAAGGUGAUUUGAGGUGUCACUGUUGGCCUAGUUAUUCAGGAGAAAGGUGUGAAAUCAACCACUGUAGCAACUACUGUCAAAAUGGAGGAACCUGCAUACCAUCCAUUCUGGGAAGACCCACUUGCAGCUGUGCACUGGGAUUUACUGGGCCAAACUGUGAUAAGACAGUCUGUGAAGGUUUUUGUCAGAACGGAGGGACCUGCAGUGUGACUCCCGGGAACCAGCCUCACUGCCACUGUCAGGGCGAGCACACGGGAGACAGAUGCCAAUACUAUGUGUGUCACCACUACUGCGUGAAUUCUGAAUCUUGUACCAUUGGGGAUGAUGGAACUGUUGAAUGUGUCUGCCCAACGCGUUAUGAAGGAUCAAAAUGUGAGGUUGACAAAUGUAUAAGGUGCCACGGAGGACAUUGUAUUAUAAAUAAAGACAAUGAAGAUAUAGUUUGCAACUGCACUAAUGGAAAGAUUGCCUCUAGCUGCCAGUUAUGUGAUGGCUACUGCUACAAUGGGGGCACAUGCCAGCUGGACCCUGAGACAAAUGUACCUAUAUGUCAAUGCUCUGUGGGGUUUAAAAGUCAGCGCUGUGACCAGAAAGAGAACCCUUGUGAUCACUACUGUCAGAAUGAGGGGAUUUGCACUUUAACUGCGUUUAAUGAGCCGAGAUGCAAAUGUUCCACCAACUGGUCAGGGACACAAUGUGAGCGACCAGCCCCGAAGAGCAGCAAGUCUGAUCAUAUCAGUACAAGAAGCAUUGCCAUAAUUGUGCCUCUUGUCCUCCUGGUGACUUUGAUAACUACUUUAGUAAUUGGGUUAGUGCUCUGUAAAAGAAAAAGAAGGACAAAAACAAUUAGAAGACAGCCAAUUAUCAACGGAGGAAUAAAUGUAGAAAUUGGCAACCCAUCUUAUAACAUGUAUGAAGUGGACCAUGAUCACAAUGAUGGGGGUCUUUUAGAUCCUGGUUUUAUUGUAGAUCCAACAAAGGCCAGGUAUAUAGGGGGAGGGUCCAGUGCUUUCAAGCUUCCCCACUCAGCACCGCCCAUCUACCUAAACUCUGAUUUGAAAGGACCACUGACUUCUGGGCCAACAAAUUACUCCAACCCAGUGUAUGCAAAAUUGUACAUGGAUGGCCAACACUGUCGAAACUCCUUAGGAAGUGUUGAUGAAAGGAAAGAACUUCUUCCAAAGAAAAUAGAAAUUGGGAUCAGAGAGACAGUGGCAUAAUCAGUGCUAACUUUUAUAUGCUGUAUAAAUGUAUAAAAUAUAAGGAUUACUUUUGUAUGUUCCAACAGUAUUAUACUUGUUUUGGCAUCAGCAUUACCUCUUUAUCUUUUAUCCUGGUUGUUUUCUGAGUUUUAUUUUUUGCUGAUGACUAUUGAUUGACCAUUUGUAUGGUAUUUUUAUGAAAAAGAACUGCACUACAGUACAAUUUACAAUAAUGCUGCUGAUAUGACACACCUUUGAAUUUAUUAAAUUACAAGCAACGUAAUUUCUUUGUAGUGUGAAUAUGAGCAAUCUAUUUUAUAUGAACUUUUUGGGUUCUACUUAAUCAACAAAGAUAAUCUCUGCACUUUUUCAUUAUCUGGUCUAAAAGCAGAAAUACAAUGUUUUUUUUUUUAAUUUUUCUGUUUGAACUGAUGGAAGAAUUGUUGAGUGGUCAAUUCUCUUCUUUUGUGCCCAUUAAGAAUGAUUCAGACUGUUGAAAAUAAAUAGCCCUCCCUCAAAAGGUUAGAAACACCUGCCUUGAAAUUAGACUUAGGUUGCUAAGAGAUAGAUGAGAAUUUUGAGGAAAAAAUUAAAAUUAUAUAAAAUUAAUAAUUUGCAUGAAUGCAUAUGACUACAUUUUCCAAAAUUUAGUGGACUUUAUGUGAUAUACUAUAUGUAUACCCCUUAAGAACAAUAGUUAUAUAUAGGUGGUAGAACAUAGCAAAAAUAUAAAUGAAUGUGAAAAAAAAAAGCUUGCUAUGGAAUAAGAUCUUUUGUUCUUCCUCAGUCCUGAGGUAAAUAGCGAGCCUAGAGCACAAAAGGGCAUUGGGUAAUCAUAUCUUAGGAAAUUCUUCUAUAACAUGCAUUAACCCAGCCCUUUACCUCACGGAACACUAAAGAAUAAUAUAAGCACACAAAUUGAUGACAGAAUUUCAAACAUAUGAAUGCAUUGUCUUUGCUAGGUCAAAAGGAAGAAGCAAAAUGCCAUAAUGGUGAAGAAUAAUUAAGAAAAAUUUGUGAUAUACAGCAUGACUAAUUAUUUUCCCUUUCCAAAAUAAAUUAUUAAAGGAAACUGCAAAUUUUAAAGGAACAAUUAUCUCCCCUUAAUCAAAGAUGGACAGACCAGCUACUGACCAAUAACACUGGCGCUCUAGUUUCUUUUGGUUAUGCAAAAUAUGUAAUCUUUGUUCUCACUUUUGUUUGUUUUCAGAUUUUGAUCAAAACAAGUGCAAAUUAUUUAAGUUGUGUAAAAAUGAUAGAAUUUUAUACAAAUAUCUUUAAAGGCACAAAAGAUUUAUUCACAAGGUAUAGAGGACUUUUUGUUCCUCUGAUAGACAUGACUGACUUUUAGCUGUCAUAAUGUAUUAACCUAACAGAUGAAAUAUGUUUGUGGUUGCUCUUUCUCCCUUUGUACAAGCAUUAAAAACUGCUGUUUUAUAAAGAGAGUUUUUUGUUGUACUAUGUGCAUGCAUACUACCUAUUUCUAAACUUUGCCAUAUUGAGGCCUUUAUAAACUAUUGAUUUAUGUAAUACUAGUGCAAUUUUGCUUGAGCAAUGUUAUGCAUAUCAUAAACUUUUUCAGGUUCUUGUUUAAGUACAUUUUUUAAAUUGAACAGUAUUUUUCAUUUUGGUUAUAAUAGUCAUUUUGCCUAUGUUUCUACAAUGAAGUGUUAAAUACUUUAUAAAAAUUGUUGACUGACUUAUUUAAAUGAAAUUCUACAUAUUUAACUGCUCGUGUUGGGUAGUUUUUAAAAGUAAGAAAAAUCUACAUAUAGUUUAAUAGUCCUUGAAACUAUUUUAGUAAAUAUAAAAUAUAGCACAUUUAUCUCAGAACAUACUUCUAAGGAAGGACUGAUUCCUCUGCAUGUUUUCAAAGUACCUAGAGAGGGUGUUUUUUUUCUCUUUUGAUAAACAUUUUCCUUAAUUGUGUGUUUUUUCUAUCAAUGGUGGUCUGACUCCAUACUGCAAUGGAAAGAAAGUUAAGUUAGCUACAUAGUAAUGUAAUUGUGUUGAAGUCCACUAACGCUACACUUGACCAUUUCUAUGUUCAAAAAGUGUACUUUAUCCCACAACAAUGCUCAGACAUCAAUAUUUGGUGCAUUUUUACAAUAUAGAGUGUCAAAAUAAAGAAACAAAUAUAGGAAGGUCUAAUUUACUAGACAUAUCAUUGCAUUUUAUCACCUGAAGGGAAUUUUUUAUAUCUGAGGAAUAAAAGUGAAACAAAAUUAUUAUAUGAUAGAAAUUGAAUCCAUAGACUCAAAUCUAAUUAAUAUUAGUAUAGCUUUCUAGGCAAUCAUUCAUAUACACAAUGUACUUAAUAUGACUGUACAAGUGUUAAUAGUCUACUUUCAUCACCAGAAAUCCCUAGUCAAGGAAAACAAGGAUAAGCUUUUUAUUUGCACCCUAUGGGCCUAAUUUUCUACAUUAGGUAUAACCAUUCCAUAUUGAUGUAUAAGUCUACAUCAAAGUCCAAAGAAUCUUUGCAGUUUCUCUGCAUUCCGUCUUUUUCAAAGAUGCUUUUGUCUGUGUGUGUGUUUUGUUUGUUUACUUUUUUCUUUAAACUACUCAAACUUAAUUUAUCCUAUUGGUAUAAGUCUAGCACUACUUCAAUUUUGGUAUACAAAGUCUCAUAUGCAUACUCAAAAUCCGGGUGUAUAUUUCUCCUUCACAGUAACCAUUCCUUAUAAAUGUCACCACUAAAAUAUUUCUUCAAGCCUUAAUGGGACAUAUUUUAUUAAAUUAAUACUUCUGUCAAACUCUUCUAGUGCCUAAGUGCCUUUUCAUCCCAAGCAAGAAUUUCAUCCUCUUGACAUUUUGCAGUGUUGCCCUUCAGAGAGUAGGAUAUUUAGCAGCAUCCUGGCCACCUUUGUAUUCUAGGUGUCCAGUACCCCGAAAGCUGAACAACAAAAUGGCUGCAGGCAACUACAAAUGUCUUCGAGUGACAAAACUGCCCUUGUUAAAGAACUGUUGAUCAAGGGCUAUGUUCUGUUUCCUAUGGCUCUCAGCUGGAAAAGCUGAGUCUAAAUAAAAAAAAGUCCCUUAUCACCAAACUAAUGAUGUGCUUAACUUUUGAUUUUAAUUCUUUAAUGCUUAUGAAGCAUAAGCUAUAUAAUUUUGGUAUUAGUAAAUUGUCUAUGUCUGUUUUAAAAAGUAAUUACUAAAGGGAAAAGUUCAUUUAGAAAAUUUUCAAUUUUGCAUAGUUGGGCUAUUUUCAUUUAUGUAAAUGUGUUUUAUUUGUGGUCAUUUUUAUAUCAUUGAUGAUUAUGUUUUAUUUUGCUUUUCUGUUUCAUUGAUUAUGUUCUUACUAUAUUGGUACUUAAGGUUGAGAUUUAGGUUUGCACUUCUACAUAUAUUGUUUUAAGAUGACUCAGAUUUAAAAAAAAUCCAAUAUUCAAUGCAUGUUCUGGCUAUUAUAAAUGAACCAUAUUGUUCAAAACACCUAUAAUGUCCAAAUUCUUAAUAUAGAAAAUUGGUAUAUGUGAUUAAGGAAAUAGAUAAGAUAUAUUGUAUAUUUUCCUUUAUUCUUUUAUCUUUAAAUUUUCAUAUAAUUCUAGACGUUAAAUCUUAUUCUUUUCUAAGAAUACUAUUUACAAGUUCAACUCUCUCAUGUAGUUUUGCUUUCAUGAUUAAAACAAGAAAAUAAGGUAUUUGAAGACGUGA